AUGCGAACAAGCUCGCUGAAAAAGAAUAAAAGUCCAGGGUUGGACGGAGUCACUGCAGAGGUGCUACAAGCUGGAGGGGAUCAGCUGGCGCGACAGAUACGUAAACUCUGUAACAAAGCAUGGCGAGAAGGCACCAUCCCAGAAGAGUGGGGCAAGUCUCUUCUAGUACCGACACCAAAGAAAGGAGAUCUAAGUAACUGCUCGAACUACCAAACGAUCUCUCUUAUCAAUCAUACGGGAAAGGUACAUUUGACAGUGCUACUAAACAGACUAAAAGGUAACCUCGAUCCGUACCUAUCGGAAGAACAAGCUGGCUUCCGAAAGGACAGAAGUAUUGUACAUCAGAUCUUGACACUGCGGCUCAUAGCCGAAAAGGCUAAACGACAGGGGAAAAAGUAUACAACUGUUUCAUUGACUUUCAAAAAGCAUUCGAUACGAUCAAGCAUAACAUCAUCUGGGCUACGUUGA